UUAUGGACCUUUUUGCGUGUUCGGGAGAGGUCAGUCCAGCGACGCUAGUAUGGAGUGAAAUAUUCCACAACAGCAAGGCUGGACCCUCAAUCAAAAACGUGUCCAGCGCGCCGGUUCUAUCUGCCGUGCACAACACUAUGCUUAGUCCUCACCACCAGGCUCAGAACUCAUCCAAUGAGAACGAGGCUGCGAAUUUGGACCAAUCACAAUCGAGUUUGAACGAACAUGACGAGGAAGAAAACGCUGAUUCGUCCUUCACUGGAAACAAUUCCGCUUUCGCCUCCGAUAACGUUCUAUUGACUUUGGGCAGCAAAAGUGACAGGACUGAUAAAAGUGAGAGUUUAGUAUCCGAAGACUUCAUGUCCCAUGAAAACGCGCCAAAAGCAAAACGGGUUUCAAGCAAGAACCACAGCUCGAACAACAGCAGCUAUAGCGGGUCUAAAGCUGCCAACGGAAUCGGACCGUCUAGGUCUUUUACUCAAGGAAUGGUCAAGGACGAUCUAGAUCUGAUGAUGAAAAACAAACCAUCGCAUCGCGAUUACAGAGGUAACCUGGACCUUAUGAACGGAAAUUUGACCGUGUCACAAAUAUUGAGUGAAAGUGGUUCAACGAAUAAAUCAAUAGAUCGAGGCCAACAAGGGAUGUUCAGAAUAUCACCGGCGGCAAAAGAGGAAAGAGUUUUCACCAAGACUCCUUGGAUUCAAGAUGGCAAAACGUACCCGGCGACGGUUGUCGGGCUACAUGACGAGAUUCACGACUUUUUCAACUGGAUUUGUCCGACGGAAGCGGAAUGCACAAUGCGUAGCGAGGUAGUUAAACGGGUUCGAAAUGCGGUUAACAAAGUCUGGCCGUUGGGUAUUGUGGAGGUAUACGGAAGUUAUAAAUCGGGACUAUAUUUACCAACAAGUGACAUUGAUUUGAGUAUAAUGGUGAAUCAAGUAAGUGCUCAGGAUAUAGCCAAGUGGUUAUCUUUACUUGAGCGACAAUUGAAAGCAGAUAAUGUAUGCAGUGAAAAUGGGGCCAAAGUUUUGCCACACGCGGUGGUUCCGAUAAUUAAGUUGACCGACCGAAUUACAAAUGUGAGGGUCGAUAUCAGUGUUAAUAUAGUUAACGCGGUAAACAGCGCGAGAUUGGUAAGUGAAUACAUCCGGAAAUUUCCACCUUUGCCGCAUUUGGUUUUGGUUUUGAAGCAAUUUCUUCUUCAACGGGAUUUGAACGAAGUCUACCAAGGUGGUCUAAGUUCGUACAGUUUAAUUCUGAUGGUCGUCAGUUUUCUGCAACUACAUCCGCGAGCUGAAGGUUGCAAAAGUGCGGAUGUGAAUUAUGGGGUCUUGCUGAUUGAGUUUUUUGAGCUGUAUGGGAAAAAUAUGAAUUAUCUCAGGGCGGGAAUCAGGGUCGCGGACGGUGGGUCUUACGUGCCUAGGAAGGAACGACAGGAUGCCCCAUUUCUGUCGAUUGAGGAUCCCCUGGACAAGGAAAAUGAUAUCGGGAGGGUAUCGUGGGCUGCUCAGAUUGUGAAGGAUGCGUUCGAGUAUGCUUACUGGACAUUGAGCAGAGCUGUCACUUCACUGACAGGAACACAAGUGAACAGUUUCUUGAGUAAAAUCAUCGAGAUAAACGAGGAGACGCAAGAUUACCGGAGAUGGAUCAACGACAAGUGGAAAGGCUGUGUUCCCGAAGACGAAGCACCCCCCUUCGCGCCCUACUUCACAAACUACGACAACAACUACAACCCCUACUUUUUUGCACAAACCACACCAAAUAUGCAGAAUGCACAUCAUCAUAUUGUGUCCCAAAGCAUGAUGCCUAACGGUGCCAUGCCCCACUCCUUAGCUCCGCCGAGGGGAAUGCUCCCGUUCCACCCCUUCUUUUUGCACCACCCGGGAACUCUGCUGCCGCAUCCCAACAUAGCUGCUAUCAAUGCGCCAAGCGCUUAUACAGCUCUUUCUACCUCAGCCAACGGCAGCAGCGUAACCGAAGGUGCCUCGAAGUCUUCAAGUAGUGCGCAAUCGACUGCCAGUGAUUCGGAAAACUCAGGGAAUGGAGCCGAACAGUCGAGCAGCUACAGUUACGGGUCAAAUGAGAACUCCCAGAUUCACCCUAGUGUCGCGGUCACAAUGACUAGCAUAAACCCAAUAAAUAGCGUGGUGAACAAACGAACCUCGGAGCUGAACGGGAUCUACAGAAACCGGGAUGAAAAACGACAAGCUAUCUCGGCAGGGCAAAGUGGUCCCAAUAUGGUAACGGGCCAGCAGCCAAUGCCCAGAUACUUGAGCAAUAAUAAUAAUAGCCAGGGUAACUUCUCAAUGGAGAACAAACCUCCGCAUCAGAACCAGGAGAGAUAUUACAAUAGAAAUCGUCAAAACCAAAACUGGUCCAGGCGACAAGGUCUUCUUCACGGAGGAUAUCAACAACAAAUGGGUUCCCAUAACAACACCUUAAUGAACCUUCCAAACGGGAGUGGUGGGAACUAUGGGGGAAACCGGAAGAACAGAGGUCCACACUUCAAUCGUGGGUAUGUGCACCCAGCCAACAAUUCCAGCAACAGCAACCCUGGCCAGACAAAUUACCAUCGCAGUGCCAACUCACCCUUAGUAAUGAACCAACAACAGCAGACAAACAAGCUAAACUCCUCCUCCCAAAAUGCAGCAAUAAUGCCGGGUGUAGUGUUCGGCAGCAAUGGCGAAAGUGGCAAUCCAAUCAUCCCAACCUCGAGUUACGGGGUUAACGUGCAAAUGGAUAAGCAAAACAACAUGCUGAUAUCCAACGUGCCAGUAACAAGUCAUCAACUCAUGAUGCAGCAGCACCAACAGAACGCUGCCUUUUUCAACCAGCAAUAUCAGAAUCAAAGGAUUCCACCUAGACAUCAAGUCCACCAACAUCAGAUCCCGACAUCCAUGUCAUCGCCCUUAGGCGCUCUUAACCUCCCCCUAUCUUUGGGUGAUUUCCCUAACAGCGGAACAUCUAAUACCUACACGCGGAAAACGCGAGGAGCAAUGGUCACUAAAAGCGACCGCCCUGAAAACCAGCUCACGGAUUCUACUCUUUAUACCCUGGCUCAGUCUAACUGUGCCGCACCGGAACCCCUUCUAGCUAACGGCGAAGCUGCUUACUUCGCGCUACUGCCUCAAACUCCUCAAUCAAGCAGUGAGCCUCCUGCCAUCGGUGCUCAUGGUGACUUGCCACAGAGUAAUAGCAGUCUCAGCGGCAAUCAUAAAACUAGUACGAAUCACCCAAACUCUCAAGCUCAAGGACACUCAGUGAUAUCCACCAACCUUGAAACAUUAUCAUCUGCUGGUCUAAUGGCGUCCGAGGUCGCCCUACAAUCAGCGGUUAUGAACGCACCUCUCUCGCUGAAUAGCGGGUUGACAUCAUUACCUAAAAGCGAAGACACCUCUGUAGUUGAUGGUUGUCCGGCGUCAGCCAGCAGUUCAAGCAUGUUGAACGAGCAGUCGUGCAACCCAGAAAACGCACAACAGUUCACUUCCCUUCACUCAUCAGUUUCGGUGCCUUCAAAUAUGAACUUGAACUUGACCUCAAAUGUGAACGCCACACGUUCCCAAGGUCAAGAAGUUGUCGCUUCGAACACGAGCGUCGAACGAAUAGACAGUGCCGACUGCUCGUACACAAACGCCUCGAUGAUGUCAGCUGACGAAAUCAGUCGCGAAUCAAUCUCAGUUCAGAAUUUGUUCAAUCAGGCAAAAAGUGCAACCUACAGUUCAACACCCACCCCAGCAUCAAACCCUAGUAAAAAUUAAAAAUGCCCAGAGCAUAAAAAACCCUUGAAAAAUUAGUAUCGGUACAAGUAAAGGAUCACAAUAUAUCAGAUGUAGCGUACAAUUUAAAAUACUGUGGAAUAUAGCUGCAAAGAUGAUUUACAAAUUUCACUUCGGAUUUCUUCGAACAUCAGUUGAACAGCUUCGAGCCAAGGACGUGUGAAGUGAUUGGAGGAGAGCGAAAAAUCAGCCGAAAGAAACUUCUGCUUUAGAAGCAUUAUCAACAUUCGUCUAUUAUUUAUUUGCCUAUUUCUGCUUUCGUUUCUUGUACUCUAACCUGUGAUAACUAGUGUUGUAAGUACUUUGAGGUAGAAAAGUUAACAUGACAUAACAUGGGCUGAAAAAAUGCAGUAGAUUGGACCGUCUUCAUCGAGACUACUGUACUAACUAACAUCCUUUGCAUCAAUUGCUCUUUCUUGCUACUCCAUUGUCGUUGUUUCGAUAUAAUUCGCAUUGAAAUAAUUCCUUAUUUGUCCAUUUCGAAUUCGAAUCAUACAAUUUUUCGUGUUUGAAAAGUUGCGAGUUUGGAUUUUUCAAUGUCAUGUCGCGCAACUUGAAUUGUAUUUACUAUUGUGUUGAGUAAAUUUGGUUACAUUUGAUUACUUGCAGUUGCUUAGUAGGAGUUGCAGAGUAUUUCGAGCAUCUGUUAAAGAAAAAAGUCAUUUUUUUCUGCUUUAACCAGAUCAACUUUGAGACACUCUUACACGGAGAGUUUGGUUUAAAAAAUCUUCUUCAGGCAAAAAUGUUGAUUAUACAUGGUUUAACUACAAAAUGAUUGAACGUUAAAUGCGUCUUGUUUUGUUUUUGUUCACUCGCUAUUUAUUUCAACUGUAUCAAUCUUUGUAACUAGAGAACUUCUAAAAAAAAAUUUGGAGACAUAUAGUCUCAUAUGCAUGAAUGAUGUGUAACUUCGGAAACCUAAAA